UGCGACGUAGUUCAGUCUGUGCCUCUUGAUUUGGGAGGGUUGCGCAAUGGUCGCACCAGCCUCGUCUGCGAGCGUCCGACUUUCUCGUGUCAAAUGCCACAUCGAGUUUCCAAGACGUUGUCCAAGACCGCGGGGCAGACCUCGGCCUCAAGAGUUGGCUUGCAAAAUUUGGAAAAUCUGUACAAUUUACACAAUUUGCAUGGUUUGCCAUGCCCAGUUUUCAUCACGUGUCCUUUUGCCUGGCUUUGGGGCUGUCCAUGUGAGCCACCGAAACCCACGACAUCAGAGACUUUUCAUUUCGUGUUCUAAGUCUUCCACGUCCAUCUCUGGCAAAUGCGCAUGCCCCUCACGAGGCACUCAGAACGACACUCGCGAGAGCGUGACAGAAAUACUGCUGAAAUUACCAGAAACAGAAGCAUUCGAUGGAAUGCCUGAAGCAACUGUGCGACUUUUUCAAGCCUCAAUCGCACGCUUUUCUAAUCAAUCUGAAGCCAAGUUGAUUGUUCAGGCUCUCGGGAACUGGCGAUCUGCACUCUCGAGAGGUACUUUGCCAGCAUCAGAAAGCUGGCCUCCUGAACCUCUGGGAUCUGAAUUGCAAAAUGCAAUGAACGAUCUCGACUUUCUUUCUCUGAUAUCAAAAAGCCCUGAACUCAUCGACUCUGUUCUUCUUAACAGUCUGGACGCUGCUCAAAGACUGAGUCAAUCCGAAAGCAUAGCCUCUCAACAGCAAGACAAGGAUGACACAGAUGAGAAGGAUCAGAACGGUUUCGGGCUGCAAAUGCCAAGCUUUUCGACGGACUUCCUAAACUCAAACAGCGGGGUUGAUCUCACGGGUGAUGGGUCGGCGAGGCUGGAUCUACAAACUGAACCUUCAAGAGCGCAGGGCAAAACGAAGCCACUCGAAGAGCCGGCUUUGGUUGACAUGAACGAGACAGAAAUGGAGAUGCAGUCGGACAUGAGAGAAGGGGAUUCUGCAAUGUUUUCAGAGCAGUUUCAAGACGAAGCCCAGCCUGGCGAGCAAUCGGUCCAAUCGACUUUGGCGCGUGAGUUCAACAAGUUCCUUAAGAAAAUGAAAGCCGAAGCAGCUGAAGCAGCUGAAGGAUCGGAAGGGUCGGAAGGGUCGACUGGAGAGAGGCCACUGAGAUCUUGGAGAGAGCUUGCUGAAUUCGAGAAAUUUGAGAAGUCGAAGACCAGUGGGACCAGUGGGACCAGUGGGACCAGUGGGACCAGUGGGACCAGUGACUUCAGUUACUUCGCUUUGUAUCGACGGCUCCUGGGCCGUUUGCCAGAGCUGCGAACCCUCAUUCGGAAGAUGGGCCGAAAAGCUGGGCUAGGUUCAUUGCGUUUUCAAGAAGCUCAGAGAGAAGAUUCAAAGGAAGGAGAUGGGAUUAUACGCUCUCCACAAAUGCCAGCAGAGACAUCGGGAAUCACUCGUUCAGAUGGCAGCCUGUUGCUUCUGCCCAGCGAGCUUUUGCUUUUGGCAUAUGCAAAUGCAAAACCUCCCCGCUCGAACUCUGCCGGAGCAAGAGCACUUCAUCGACUUCGCAGAGCUGAGGCAUCCCUGUUGAGCUACGAGCGCAGUGCUUGGUUGGAAGAAAAAGCUAAGAGUCUUCGCAGCAGAGAGUUUAGACCCGGCUUUGAAAAAGGUCCUCUGAUUUGCUGUGUGGAUACUUCGAGAAGUAUGGCAGGGAAGGAGGAAGCAGUUGCAAAAGCUGCUGUCUUGGAAGUUUUGAGAUUAGCCGAAACCGAAAGACGACGAUGCCAUUUGUUUUUUUUCUCUGGGCCAAAUCAGCUUGAAGAACUGGAAAUUCCUGCUCCGCCUAUCCUGGCAGCAGCGUGGCAAGGUGUUUUGGACUUUCUUGGCCGAUCUUUUCAAGGAAAAACGGACUUGGAUGCACCUAUUGCCGCAAGCAUUCAGCGAGUGCAAAGUACCUACGAGAGCAAAGAGUCAGUGUGGCAAACCGCAGACAUUCUAUUCGUAACGGACAGCAAAGUCGAGGAACCUUCUCCAAGACUUGUGGAGAAGCUGCAAUCCCUCCGUGAUCAUGGUUUACGUACUUUCGCAUUGAUUGUUCUGCAAGAGACCUCGUCCUCUGGGAUGAAAGUGAUGGAUGAGAUUUGUGACGAGGCCAGGAUCAAAAGAUGAAGAAUAUGCAGCAAGUUGAAUUGGCUUGGCCAGAAAUCAUGUCUGUGUUGUAAUAUGUUUUGAAUUCCUGCCAUUGUUUCAUCGCUUCUCAGCAGAUUCACACGCACGUGAAGUCCCUGAGGUGAAGCACUUUGAAGCAUUGGGUCGAAUAUCGUUUGGCUUUGGCAAAAGAGCCUGGUUUCAAUGUUUGCCAAGAUGAAGUCAGUUGUGAAAGAA